AUGUACAAUGUAUCUCGGACUCGGACUCUUCCGCCGGUACCUGAUAUCGUUAUCUUCGAAGAACAGGAUCGCCUGCGCUUCCUCGACGCACUCCAGACUGCACGUCUCUCCAUCGUCGACCCACUGUCCUACCCGAACGUAACCGAUCUGGCUGCCUUACUCGAUAUGGACUAUCUUACAUCACUCAAUGUCGCAUACAGCAACACCGAUCUCUGCAACUAUAUCCUGCGACUCAUCAACGGUUGGGAUAUACUUUUACGAAGUCACGGCACUGGGGCUAGUCCCAUCAUCAUCGACUAUAUGAAAACCUGUCUCCUCCCAGAGUUAUAA